AUGUAUGAAAGAAGCGUUUCCGAUUCAGCAUCCACGAUAUCGGGAAAUUCUACUGAUUCUAUUGCUCAGUCAGACUCCCAUCCAUACUUAGGUUUUGAUGUAAAUGCAGAAGACCAAAUUAGAAAUCUUGCAAGAACUCUAACACAAAACAGUUUUGUAAGUUCAAAUACAAAUUUAUCUCGUAUUACGAGUAAUGCUACUGCAGUAAGCACAGGUUUAUCCUUUAUUCCUACCGAGGGAAUAAAUCCAAUCAACGACAAUGAAGAGCCAGAGAAUUAUAACUCAAAGCUAGAUCCCAACAGUGACGAUUUCUCAAGUAAAGCUUGGGUAAAGAAUAUGGCAAACAUAGCCACCUCAGAGCCUGAGUAUUACAAACCUUAUUCGUUGGGUUGUGUUUGGCAGAAUUUAGCGGCGUCUGGUGAUUCUGCCGAUGUUGCAUAUCAGUCUACUUUCGCUAAUUUACCUCUCAAAUUGCUUGGAAGUCUCCUUCGUCUUUGCAGACCAACUAAAGAAUCCGAAAUUUUUCAGAUUUUAAAACCUAUGGAUGGUUGUUUGAAUCCAGGAGAACUUUUGGUAGUACUCGGCAGACCUGGAUCUGGAUGUACUACCCUCUUGAAAUCAAUCUCUUCAAAUACUCACGGUUUUAACAUUGCAAAAGAUUCAACUAUAUCAUAUAAUGGUAUCAUACCAAAGGAAUUGAAGAAAUAUUAUCGAGGUGAAGUUGUUUAUCAAGCAGAGUCAGAUGUACAUUUACCACAUUUGACUGUUUAUCAAACUCUGGUUACAGUAGCCAAAUUAAAAACCCCAGAAAACCGGAUAAAAGGUGUGACGAGGGAAGCGUUCGCUAACCAUUUGGCAGACGUCGCAAUGGCAACUUACGGUUUAUUACACACAAGAGAUACCAAGGUGGGUGAUGAAUAUGUCAGAGGUGUAUCUGGUGGUGAAAGAAAAAGAGUAUCAAUUGCCGAAGUAUGGAUCUGUGGGGCUAAAUUCCAAUGUUGGGAUAAUGCUACAAGAGGUUUAGAUUCUGCCACAGCCCUGGAAUUUGUACGUGCUUUAAAGACGCAAGCUGAAAUUGCUAAUAGGACGGCUACUGUGGCUAUCUACCAAUGCUCGCAAGAUGCGUACGAUUUAUUCGAUAAAGUAUGUGUUUUAUACGAGGGAUAUCAAAUAUUUUAUGGUUCUACACAAAAAGCUAAACAAUAUUUCCUUGAUAUGGGAUAUACCUGUCCACCUCGUCAAACUACUGCCGAUUUCUUGACUUCUAUAACGAGUCCAGCAGAAAGAAUUGUAAAUCAAGAUUUUGUAAACCAAGGUAAGAAUGUCCCACAGACCCCCAAAGAAAUGAAUGAUUACUGGAUGCAAUCCCAGAUAUAUGAAGAAUUAAAGGAUGAGAUUAACACUGUGUUAAAUAAAGAUAAUGUUAAAAAUAAAGAGGCCAUGAAAGAAUCACAUAUUGCAAAGCAGUCAAAUAAAUUAAGGUCUACUUCCCCUUAUGUAGUCAACUAUGGAAUGCAAAUCAAAUAUCUCCUAACAAGAAAUAUUUGGAGAAUGAAGAAUAAUCCCAGUAUUACUUUAUUCCAAGUCUUUGGUAAUUCUGGGAUUGCCUUUAUUUUGGGAUCAAUGUUCUAUAAAGUUAUGCUCCACACUACCACAGCAACAUUCUACUAUCGCGGGGCAGCUAUGUUCUUUGCCGUUCUAUUUAAUGCCUUCUCAGCCUUAUUAGAAAUUUUUAAAUUAUACGAAGCUAGGCCAAUUACAGAAAAGCACAGGACAUAUGCAUUAUACCAUCCAAGUGCCGAUGCUUUUGCUUCAAUUAUUUCUGAAAUCCCUCCUAAAAUCGCAACUGCAAUAAUGUUCAAUAUAGUGUUUUACUUUCUUGUUAAUUUUCGUCGUACUGCUGGUAGUUUCUUCUUUUACUUCUUAAUAAGUAUCGUUGCGGUUUUUGCGAUGUCCCAUCUUAAUAGAUGCAUUGGUGCUUUGACUAAGACUCUUCAGGAGGCUAUGGUUCCAGCAUCACUGUUACUGUUGGCAUUAGGUAUGUAUACCGGAUUUGUUAUUCCAAGGACAAAAAUGCUCGGAUGGUCAAGGUGGAUAUGGUAUAUUAAUCCUCUCGCUUAUUUAUUUGAAUCGUUAAUGGUCAAUGAAUUCCAUGACAGAUGGUUCCCUUGUAGUUCCUUUGUUCCAAGCGGUCCUGCUUAUCAAAAUAUAUCAGGGACUGAAAGAGUAUGCAGUGUUGUAGGCGCCAGAGCUGGCUAUGACAGUGUUCUAGGAGACGACUACAUAAAUGAGAGCUUUCAGUACGAGCAUAUCCAUAAAUGGAGGGGGUUUGGUAUCGGUAUGGCGUACAUAAUAUUCUUUCUUAUUCUAUACUUGAUUCUAUGCGAACUUAAUGAAGGUGCUAAGCAGAAAGGUGAAAUGUUGGUCUUUCCUAAGGCUGUUGUAAGAAGAAUGAAGAGGCAAGGUCAAAUCAGCGAUAAAAAUGAGAGAGAGGAAGAAAAGUAUGAUGUCGAAAAGACAGGAUCUGCAAAUACUUACACGACUGACAGUUCUAUGGUUAGAGACACAGAUGUGAGUACCUCUCCAUCUUAUGCGCAUCAAGGCAAUAAAGCCGCGUCCAGUAAUCCAUCCUCCAUUAAUUCUACUCUGGCCAAGGACCCAACGACUGUUUCUGAAGAUUACAUCAACCUUGCAAAGUCUGAAUCAAUUUUCCAUUGGAGAGAUCUUUGUUAUGACAUUAAAAUAAAAACUGAAACGAGACGUAUUUUGAAUAAAGUUGACGGUUGGGUCAAGCCCGGCACGUUAACCGCCUUAAUGGGUGCAUCUGGUGCUGGUAAGACUACAUUGUUAGAUUGUCUUGCCGAGAGAGUCACAAUGGGUGUGAUUACUGGUAAUAUUUUUGUGGAUGGACGUCUACGUGACGAGUCGUUCCCCAGGUCCAUUGGUUACUGCCAGCAACAGGAUUUACAUUUGAAGACUGCUACUGUUAGAGAGUCAUUAAGGUUUUCGGCUUAUUUACGUCAACCAGCGUCUGUGACAAAAGAGGAAAAGGACCAUUACGUUGAAGAAGUUAUCAAGAUUCUGGAAAUGGAGACGUAUGCAGACGCAGUUGUUGGUAUUCCGGGAGAGGGUUUGAAUGUCGAACAGAGAAAGAGAUUGACUAUUGGUGUUGAACUUGCUGCUAAGCCAAAACUGCUAGUUUUCCUAGAUGAACCGACAUCUGGUUUGGAUUCACAAACAGCAUGGUCUACAUGCCAAUUGAUGAGAAAACUAGCCAACCAUGGUCAGGCCAUUCUUUGUACUAUCCACCAACCUUCUGCUAUUUUGAUGCAAGAAUUUGACCGUCUGUUAUUUUUGCAGAAAGGUGGUAAGACUGUUUAUUUUGGAGAUCUAGGUAAGGGCUGUAAGACAAUGAUUGAGUACUUCGAAAAGCAUGGAGCACAAGCAUGUCCACCGGAUGCCAAUCCAGCUGAAUGGAUGUUAGAGGUUGUUGGAGCAGCACCAGGAUCACAUGCCAAGCAAGAUUAUUACAAGGUCUGGAGAGAAUCUGACGAGUAUAGAUCCGUUCAGGAAGAGCUGGAUCAUAUGGAAAAAGAGCUACCUCUAAAAACUACAGAAGCUGACUCGGAGCAAAAGAAAGAGUUCGGCACAAAAAUCCCAUACCAAUUUAAAUUAGUUUCUCUCCGCUUAUUCCAGCAAUACUGGAGGACUCCAGAUUAUUUGUGGUCAAAAUUUUUACUGACUAUUUUUAAUCAGCUUUUCAUUGGUUUCACAUUUUUCAAAGCAGAUCGUUCAUUACAAGGGUUACAAAAUCAGAUGCUAUCAAUGUUCAUGUACACUGUUAUUCUCAAUCCACUGAUACAACAAUAUCUUCCUUCGUUUGUUCAGCAGAGAGAUUUGUAUGAAGCAAGAGAAAGACCUUCAAGAACGUUCUCUUGGGUCUCAUUUUUCUGUGCACAAAUUGUCGUAGAAGUACCAUGGAAUAUACUAGCUGGCACGAUUUCCUAUUGUAUCUAUUAUUAUUCUGUCGGAUUCUAUAAUAAUGCAUCUCAAGCAAAUCAAUUACACGAAAGAGGAGCAUUAUUUUGGUUGUUAAGCUGUGCUUACUAUGUGUACAUAGGAUCCUUGGCUUUACUUACAAUUUCUUUCCUAGAAGUAGCUGACAACGCAGCCCAUCUAGCAAGUUUGAUGUUUUCUAUGGCUCUUUCAUUCUGUGGUGUAAUGGUCCAAUCCAGUCAAAUGCCAGGAUUUUGGAUUUUCAUGUAUAGGGUGUCGCCUCUAACUUAUUUUAUUGACGCAUUUCUAUCAACUGGUGUCGCUAAUGUUGAUAUAGAGUGUGCUACGUAUGAAUUAGUACAAUUUUCUCCGCCAUCAGGCGAAACUUGUGGAGAAUACAUGGAAGCGUACAUUUCAUAUACGGGGACGGGUUACCUGGCAGACCCAAAUUCGACGACUCAGUGUAAUUUUUGCAGCUAUUCCAAAACGAAUAGUUAUUUAUCACAAGUGGGAUCAGCAUAUUACAGAAGAUGGAGGAACUAUGGCAUAUUCUUAUGUUACAUAAUUUUUAACUAUGUGGCAGGUUUUUUCCUCUAUUGGCUGGCUAGAGUUCCCAAAAAGACGGGGAAAAUCUCUGGGGGGGCUAAAAACUAA